CGGCUGCGCGCCAUCGACACCACGCUGGGGCAUCUCGGCAGGCGCAUCGCGACGCACAAGGCGAACGUCGAGGCAUGCGGGGUGGCCCUCGCAGCGGCGCAGACAGAGCUCGAGACUACGCAGCAGGAGCGGGCCGCCCUCACCGAGGAGCGCGCUCAGGUUGCAGCUGCGCAGGUGGUCACCACUCCAGCCGAGCGCGAGAAGCUCCUCCUGGAAACGGUCGGCAAACUCAAGGCCGCGGCAGGCAGCAUCCCGCCGCCCGAGGCGACGGUGCCCACGGAGGGCGGCGGCGAGGCUGCAGCAAGGUCGGCAGCACCCACGGCGCCCGCGGGGCCCGGCGAUGCAGUCGGCAAGGAGCCUGCGGCAGUCGCGGACGACAGCGGCCACGCCGACGCGCCCGCCCGAGCCGAGGCGGAGGUGAUCGACGGCCUGGGAGCCGAGGAGACGGAGGCUGCGCCGGAGCCGGCCAUGGCUGAGCGGGUGGUUGGUGCUGGCGGUCCCGCGCGCGCUCCCCCGCGGCUCGGCCGCGAGCAGCUCCGCACCGCCAUCGCUGCAGCUCGCCCCGAGGCGGGCGAGCGUCGUGGGGUCCUCCAGCGCUCCCCGCUCGUCGCGGUGUUCCCGAAGCCCGCGGGAGGCUGGCGGCCAAUCGGCCUGCUCUCCGGCAUCCCGCGGCUCCAGGGCAAGCUGCGGCAGCCAGCGGCGCGGCGGCGGGAGGCGGGCCUGCAACGCAGCGGAGCGGGCUCGUUCUGGGGCGGCCCUGGCCGAUCGGCCCACGAGUCCGCCUCGCGCCAGGCCCUGGCAGCCGAGGCGGCCAACGCCAUGGGCAUGAAGGGAGCGGCGCUGCUGCUCGCCCUCGGGAAGGCGCCGCAUAUCCACAGCUGCAGCGCCUACGCAGCGGAGCACGUCCUCGGGGCCUGCUGGCGGGAGGCCCGCACGCCGAG